GCCGUCGGUGUGGCGCGGCGGGCGGGCGCGGCGCGCGGGCUGCGGCGGUCGGGGCUGCUGAGGCGCCGCGCGGGCCGAGUCAUGCGGGCGGCCGAGUGGCUGCCGGGGCUGCUCUGGCAGCUCGCGCUCUGGGUCGGCGGCUCGUGGGCGGUCCGCUUCCACCCGCGACAAGAAGCCCUGGUGAGGACGCUGGCCUCCUACGAGGUGGUGACCCCCGCGCGGGUCAACGAGUUCGGCGAAGCCUUCCCGGCGAGCCUCCACUUCAGCCGGCGGCGGCGCAGCGCGGCGGCGCCCGAGCCCGCUCCCGCGCGCACCCACUACCGCAUCGACGCCUUCGGGCAGCUCUUCCAGCUGAGCCUGAGCGCCGACGCCGCCUUCCUGGGCGCCGCCUUCUCCGAGGAGCACCUGGGGGCGCCGGCGCCCGCGCCGCCCGCCGACCUGCGCCACUGCUUCUACCGCGGCCGCGUCAACGCGCAGGAGGAGCUCACGGCCGUCUUCAGCGUCUGCGGGGGUCUGAUGGGAACGUUUAGAGCACAUGAUGGUGAAUAUUUCCUGGAACCUAUAAUGACGGCCGAUGGGAGUGAAAAUGAAGAUGAUCACAACAAACUACAUCUUAUAUAUAGACAGGAAUUAAAGAGCCAACAUUUUCUGCAAUCUCACAAACCUUGUGAUGUUUCAGAAAUGAACACCAAUUUGUCCUUACAUAACUACAGCAGCAUACAUCAAUAUUUUAAUAUAAAUAAGGAAAUAGUUUUUGGACACUCUUCAAGAAAUAUAUCCUUGGAAGAUGAAAGAAGUCAAUUGCAUUCCAGGAAAAAACGCUUUUUAUCAUAUCCAAGAUAUGUGGAAGUUAUGGUCACAGCUGAUGCUAAAAUGGUUCAUCAUCAUGGACAGAAUUUACAGCACUACGUACUGACUCUGAUGUCAAUUGUUGCAGCAAUCUAUAAGGACUCAAGUAUUGGAAAUCUUAUAAACAUCGUAAUUGUGAAAUUAGUUGUAAUUCAUAAUGAACAGGAAGGACCAGUCAUCAGUUUUAAUGCGGCUACCACACUGCGCAACUUUUGUUCAUGGCAACAAACGCAGAAUAUUUUUGAUGAUGCUCACCCUUCCCACCAUGAUACUGCUGUUCUUAUCACUAGGGAAGACAUUUGUGGAUCUAAAGAGAAAUGUGACACAUUAGGUUUAGCAGAAUUAGGUACCCUGUGUGAUCCUUUACGCAGCUGUUCUGUCAGUGAAGAAAAUGGACUCAGUGCUGCCUUUACAAUAGCUCAUGAACUGGGGCAUGUAUUCAAUGUGCCACAUGAUGAUAGUUUUAAAUGUAAAGAAUAUGGAAUUAAGAAUCAGUACCAUGUAAUGGCUCCAACUUUAAAUUACCACACAAGUCCCUGGACCUGGUCAAAAUGUAGUCAGAAAUAUAUCACUGAAUUCCUUGAUACUGGUCAUGGAGAAUGCCUCCUUGACAAACCAAAUGGAAGAGUAUAUGAUCUGUCUUCUCAACUUCCUGGAUUGAUAUAUGAUGUGAAUAAGCAAUGUGAACUUAUGUUUGGUCCUGGAUCACAAGUGUGUCCUUAUUUGAAACAAUGCAGGCGUCUCUGGUGUACGAGUGCAGAAGGUGUUCAUAAGGGAUGUCGCACUCAACACAUGCCACUGGCAGAUGGAACAAACUGUGGUCCUGGGAUGCAUUGCCACCAUGGGAUAUGUGUAAACAAGGAAAUGGAAACACGUCCUGUAGAUGGUGAAUGGGGACCGUGGGGACCUUACAGUUCUUGUUCAAGGACAUGUGGAGGUGGAAUCAAAAGCACAACCAGGCUCUGUAAUCACCCCGAGCCAAGAAAUGGCGGAAAGUACUGUGUGGGCCGCAGGAUGAAAUUUCGAUCAUGUAACACUGAUUCAUGUCCAAAAGGCAAGCAAGACUUCCGUGAGAAGCAGUGUUCUGAUUUUGAUGGUAAACAUUUCAACAUCAAUGGCCUUUCCCCUAAUGUGAGGUGGCUUCCAAAAUACAGUGGGAUUUCUGUAAAAGAUCGCUGUAAACUCUAUUGUCGGGUUGCUGGAACCACUCAUUUCUACCAGUUGAAGGAUAAGGUUGCUGAUGGUACUCCCUGUGGAACAGAAACCAAUGACAUCUGUGUUCAAGGCCUGUGUCGACAAGCUGGCUGUGAUCAUGUAUUAAACUCCAAAGCCAGGAGAGAUAAAUGUGGAGUGUGUGGUGGGGAUAACUCGUCAUGCAGGACAAUGUCAGGUGUCUUCAACAGUGCUCAUUAUGGUUAUAACAUCAUUGUAAAGAUUCCCACAGGAGCAACAAAUAUUGAUAUUCUUCAGCACAGCUAUUCUGGAAAACCAGAAGAUGACAAUUAUCUUGCUUUAUCUGACACUCAAGGGAAUUUUCUUUUGAAUGGAAAUUUUGUUGUAAGUAUGUCAAAAAAAGAAAUCAACAUACAAGGAGCUAUUUUUGAAUACAGUGGUUCGAACAACUCAAUUGAAAGAAUUAAUAGUACUGAUAGACUGGAAGAUGAAAUUGUUUUGCAGGUUUUGUGUGUGGGUAAUUUAUACAACCCUGAUGUGCAUUAUUCCUUCAAUAUUCCUAUGGAAGAACAAAGUGACCUGUUUAUGUGGGAUCCAUAUGGACCAUGGCAAGACUGUACCAAAAUGUGUCAAGGUCUUCAUAGAAGAAAAAUUACCUGCAUACGUAAGAGUGAUCAUAUGAUAGUGUCUGAUCAAAGAUGUGACCACAUACCACUUCCAUUGCUUGUGACUGAAAAGUGCAAUGUAGACUGUGAACUAAGGUGGCACAUUGUUGGCAAAAGCGAAUGUUCAUCUCAUUGCAGUCAAGGUUAUAGAUCCUUAGAUGUUCAUUGCAUGAAGUAUUCCAUUCAUAAAGGACAGACCGUUCCAGUCGAUGACCACUACUGUAGAGACCAACUGAAACCUCCUACCCGAGAGCAUUGCCAUGGAGACUGUGUCUUAAAACGGUGGCAUUAUUCAGAAUGGUCCCAGUGUUCAAAGAGUUGUGGAGGAGGAGAAAGAUCUCGAAAAUCUUUCUGCAUGAAUAAUUUUGGCCACCAGCUUGCAGACAGAGAAUGUCAAGGUCUUCUCCGAAUAACAACAGAAAGUUGCAAUGAUGUGUCCUGUCCUACUUGGGCUACUAGUGAGUGGAGUGAGUGUCUUGUUACGUGUGGAAAAGGAAUGAAGCAGCGACAGGUAUGGUGUCAACUAAAUGAAGAUAAUUUGAAUGAUGCAUUUUGUGAUCCAACUACCAAGCCUGAUUCUCUGAGACCAUGUGAGCUUCAUACCUGUGCUUUCUGGCAAGUAGGACCAUGGGGUUCUUGCACAGUCACAUGUGGCCAUGGAUAUCAGACGCGUGCUGUUCAGUGUGUCAGUGAGCAAUUCAAUGUGGUGUUAGAUGACAGAGUGUGCCGUGGGGCUCAUCGCCCAAGUGAUAGACAGGACUGUGUAUUUAUACCUUGCCCGGUUAUACCUAAACUUGGGACCACUGCAUUACCAGCUGUUCCCAUGGGAAAGAUGGCACAAUGGAGACAUGGUUCUUGGACCUCUUGUUCUGUGUCUUGUGGAAGAGGUAAUCAAGCUCGUUAUGUCAGCUGUCGCGAUGUUCAUGAUGGGAUAGCAGAUGAGUCAUACUGUGCUCAUUUACCACGACCUGCUGAAAUAUCUGUCUGCUUCAGUCCUUGUGGAGAGUGGCAAACAGGAAAUUGGUCACCUUGCUCAACUUCCUGUGGCCAUGGAAAAACAACUCGACAAGUUUUAUGCAUCAAUUUUCAUCAGCCAAUUAAUGAGAAUUACUGUGACCCUGAAGUUCGUCCUUCGAUGGAACAAGAAUGUAAUCUGGCAGCCUGCCCACCCACAGACAGCCACUUCCCAAGUUCCCCUGAACAGCCUCGCCGUUUUCCAGGCAGAAAUUUUCCAUUAACUCACAAGCCAGAAGACAAUCAAAAUCAGGAAAUUUAUCCAUCAAUUAGAGGAAACCAAUGGAGAACAGGACCGUGGGGAUCAUGCUCUAGUAGCUGUGCUGAAGGUCUUCAGCGCCGAGUUGUGGUGUGCCAGGAUGAGAAUGGACAGAGUGCCAGUCACUGUGAUCCCACUUCCAAGCCCCCAGAGGCAAGGCACUGUGAUUUGGGACCCUGUCCGCAAUGGAACUACGGAAGCUGGGGAGAAUGUACACAGUCAUGUGGAGGAGGCAUAAAGUCAAGAUUUGUAAUAUGUCAAUUUCCCAAUGGCCAAAUGUCACAAGAGCAAAACUGUGAAAUAUUAAACAAGCCACCUAGUGUAGUACAGUGUCACAUGCAUGCUUGCCCUGAUGGUGUGUCUUGGCAUCGGGAACCAUGGAAAUUGUGCUCAGCUUCCUGUGGGAAAGGUUUUAAGUACCGUGAGGUGCUUUGCAUUGACCGUUUCCAAGGAAAAUUAGAAGAAAAAUACUGCAGUCAUUUACAGAAACCUCAAACUCACAAAGCUUGUAGAUCUGUCAGAUGUCCUUCAUGGAAAGCCAACAGAUGGAAAGAGUGCUCUGUGACCUGUGGCUCUGGAGUUCAGCAGAGGGACGUCUACUGCCGACUGAGAGGCAUUGGUAAAGUGCCUGAGGAAAUGUGCGAUAAGUCCACUCGUCCUUAUUUUCAGAGGCAAUGUUGGAAUCAGGACUGUGCACAGUACACAUGGGUGGCAGAAGAAUGGCUGGAUUGCUCAACAUCAUGUAAGAAAAAGGAGACAUACAGGCAAGUGAAGUGCAUGAAUGCACAAAACGUCCAAGUGGAUGAAAGAUUCUGUAAUCCUUCAACAAGACCUCUUUCAGUGAAAAAGUGCAGCCCCUGCAAAUAUAUUGUUGUAACUGGCAAUUUGUCACAGUGUGCAGGUAAUUGUGGAUUUGACUAUCAGCAGAGGAUUACUUACUGCAUUCGAAUCCAGUCUCCUGAGAAACACAAGCUUCAUCAACUUUGGCCUGUGGAUUAUCGAGAAUGCCCUGUGUUACCUUCUCCUAAGGUUUACAAAUGCAAUUUUAGGAACUGUUUACAUAUGGCCACUUGGAAAGUUGGAAAAUGGAGCAAGUGCUCAGUAACUUGUGGAGUUGGGAUAAUGAAGAGAAGAGUAGAAUGCAUGGCUGAAAAUGGCUUUUCCAGUGACUUAUGUUUGAAGCAUUUAAAACCUUAUGCUCAGAAGAAAUGUUUUGCCAAUGACUAUAAAACAUUUAUCAACUGCAAGGAAAUUCAAAUGAAAAACAACAUUACCAAGGAUGGUGACUAUUAUCUCAACAUUAAGGGAAGAAUAAUAAAGAUAUACUGUGCAGAUAUGCACUUGGAAAACCCCAAAGAAUAUAUAUCAUUGGUCAAAAUUGAAGACAACUUUUCAGAAGUAUACGGUUUGAGAUUACAAAAUCCGUAUGAAUGUCCUUUUAAUGGAAGCAGGCGGCAAGACUGUAAAUGUAAAAAUGACUACCUGGCUGCUGGCUACACUGUUUUCAACAAAAUAAGAAUCUAUCUUACCUCUAUGCAAACUGAAACUACGGAUCUGCGUUUUGCUCAGACAGUGUAUGGAAAGGCAGUGCCCUUUGCCACAGCUGGAGACUGUUACAGUGCCUCCAGGUGCCCACAGGGAAAAUUCAACAUUAAUUUGGCAGGAACUGGGCUGAAGAUAUCCAGCACAGCCAAGUGGCUUGCUCUGGGGAAUUAUGCCUCUGCCAUUAUACACAGAUCACAGGAUGGAACAAAAGUCUAUGGUAGAUGUGGAGGUUUCUGCGGAAAGUGUAUUCCACAUAUGACUACUGGUCUGGCAGUUCAAGUCAUAUGAACACUGAAAUUGGAAAUGUGGCACAAGAUGACAUGAUCAUUGGAACCUCCAUCACCGGUGCUCAUUUUUUAUACUCCUGAGAUCCUGUGUGCAAAAUGUUGGUGCAUUUCUUUCAGGGUGCUCUUCAGGGAUUCAAUUUACUGUUAAAAUUUUCCAAGGUCUUUAUAAAAGCUUAAAUAAAUGACUCAAUUGAGAAUUUUUAAAUUUAUAGUAAUAUGUAUUAGAGGAUAUAGGAAUGUUUGAAUGACUUAGACCAAAAUAAUAUUGCUGUUAACAACUUGUAUUGGAUCACAGUUAUAUAUAUAUAUAUAUAU